CACGCGGCCAGCGGACUUCGACCUGCAGAUGCAUAAACGGACGACGCCUUCGCCUCCGUCAUCCUCCAUCACCACCACCGCAUCCUCUCCCUCAUGUUGAGCACGUUGCGCAGCACCGCGCGAUCGCCGCGCAUCGUUGCUCCAUACCACCGCCUGCGACUGCACCGCACCUACGCCUCCGUCACCGACCUGCAGCAGUAUCCCAAGCCGGGAGACCGACUGCAUGGCUUCACGCUCCAACGCGCUGAAAAUGUGCCCGAGCUGGAGCUAGCGGCCCUGCACUUCACCCACGACAAGACGGGCGCCGACUAUCUGCACAUCGCACGAGACGACACCAACAAUGUCUUCAGCAUUGGCUUCAAGACCAAUCCGCCCGACGCCACUGGUGUCCCGCACAUCCUCGAACAUGUCACUCUCUGCGGGUCGGAGAAGUAUCCUGUUCGCGAUCCUUUCUUCAAGAUGCUUCCUCGUUCCCUGCAAAAUUUCAUGAAUGCCAUGACCAGUUCCAGCUACACCUACUACCCUUUUGCUACCACUAAUAGACAGGACUACAAGAAUUUAAUGGGUGUAUACUUGGAUGCUACAUUGCAUCCGCUGUUGAAGAGAACAGACUUCUUGCAAGAGGGUUGGAGAGUCGGGCCAGAGAACCCGAAGGAGCCAGUCACGGACAGCAAAGGGAGCGAUCUCGUGUUCAAGGGUGUUGUGUACAACGAGAUGAAGGGCCAGAUGUCAGAUGCGACAUAUCUUUUCUACUCGCGGUUCAUGGAGCACAUCAUGCCGGCAAUCAACAACAGUGGAGGAGAUCCGCAAAAAAUGACCGAGUUGACUUACGAGGGGUUAAAGACUUUCCAUGAGGAGCACUAUCACCCGAGCAACAGCAAGAUCUUGACAUAUGGAGACCAACCCAUAGAAGAGCAUUUGCAAUUCUUGGGCGAGCAAUUGUCACACUUCAAUCAGAGAGCAGUGGACACCGACAUCAAGGCACCGAUUGUCAUCGAGAGUCCUCAGUCCGUCACUGUCAAGGGCCCUGUGGAUCCUUUGACUCCUCCAGAUGCGCAGUUCAAAACCUCUAUCAGCUGGAUAGCAGCCGACAGGACCGAUCAAACAGAGUCUUUCGGAUUGCAAAUCGCAACGAACCUGCUCAUGGAUGGCUAUGGCUCGCCACUGUACCAAAACUUGAUCGAAUCUGGUCUCGGUACUGACUUCUCCAUGAACACGGGAUACAUGCCACUGGGGCGCAAGUCCAUCUUCUCGAUUGGUCUCAACGGUGUUUCCGAGGAGAAUCUGCCCAAGAUCAAGGAUGUCAUCUAUCAAACAAUUGAGGAGAGCAUCGCGAAAGGGCUGGAAAAGCAAAAGGUGGACGGAAUCCUGCAUCAGCUCGAACUUGGUCUCAAGCACAAGAAGGCAGCAUUCGGCAUGGGCAUCAUUUCCCGACUCAACCCAGGUUGGUUCAACGGCGUAGAUCCUUUCGAGUCACUGCAGUACAACAAGCUGGUUGAUGCUUUCAAGGCCAACUACGCCAAAGGGGGUUACCUGGAGGAUUUGCUUCGGAAAUAUCUGCUCAACAACAGAACACUGACAUUUACGAUGGAGCCUAGCACAACUUAUUCUGCAGAUAUUGCCGCGGAGGAGGCAUCGCGGCUACAGACGAAGAUCAAGGAAGCCAUCGAAAGCUAUCCGAGUGAAGAGGAAGCGCAUAAGCAGCUGCGUGAGCGUGAAUUGGACCUCAUCAAGGAGCAAGACGCUGGACAUACGGAAUCUGUUGACUCUCUGCCAUCCUUGAAGGUCUCCGAUAUUCCUCGCGUGGACAAGGAGAUCACGUUCAAAGACAACACAGUCGACAAUGGUGUUGAAGUGCAAUGGCACCAAGCUUCAACUAAUGGGCUCACAUACUUUCGCGCAAUCGCCCUGCUGAAAGACUUGCCCGAGGACCUUCGGAUGCUCGUACCGCUCUUUUGCGACAGUCUCAUGCGCAUUGGCACGAAGACAAAGUCCAUGGGUCAGCUUGAAGAUGAGAUGAAGCUGAAGACUGGUGGCAUCAGCUUCGGUCACUUCUCCAGCACGUCGCCUCACGACACCCAGAAGGUUGAGGAGGGCUUCUCGAUCGGCGGACGGGCUUUUGACUACAAUGUUCCGGCCAUGUACGACUUGAUCCAGACAAUCUUGCUGGAAACUGACUUUGACUCGCCGAAUGCGCACAAGAUGAUUCGUCAAUUACUGCAAAUGGGUGCAAGCGGAGCUGUCGAUGGCAUUGCUGCUAGCGGCCACAUGUACGCUAUGCGGUAUGCCACGGCAGGCGUCUCUCCCGCGGGCAAGAUCUCAGAGCAGAUUGGCGGCAUCACGCAGGUCAAGCUCAUCACUAGCCUUGCGGCAGCGGAAGAGAAUCCAGAAGCCAUGACAGAGCUCAUCAACAAGCUUAAGGCAAUUCAAUACCUUGCCGUGCAGAGCAUCCGCGAAGGCAAUUUGCGAGCAGCCCUUACAUGCGGCACCGACGCCGCGUCUGCGAACGAGUCCGCAUUGAACUCCUGGCUGGGCAACGUGACCAAGACCAAUCUUGCCUCUCCUUCUACCACUAUUGCGACUCCAAACUCGUUCUCCUCUCACCGCAACACCCUCUUCAACUUGCCUUACCAAGUCUCCUACUCGGCCCUCACCGUUCCUACUGGACCCUACACCUCCCAAUUUACAGCCCCAAUUGCCAUCCUCUCCCAACUCCUCACACACCGCCACCUCCACGCCGAGAUCCGCGAGAAGGGAGGCGCAUACGGCGGAGGCGCAACAUCAUCGGGCCUCACUGGAACCUUCGGCAUGUACUCCUACCGCGACCCCAAUCCAGACAACACCCUCUCGAUAUACCACUCCGCAUUAUCCUGGGCCGCCAGACAAACCUGGACCGAGCGCGAUAUGCAAGAAGCCAAACUCUCCGUCUUCCAAAAACUCGACGCGCCAACCAGUGUUUCGCAAGAAGGCAUGACGAGAUUCUUGAACGGUAUUACAUAUGAAAUGGAACAGCAGAGACGAGAAUGGUUGUUGGAUGUCACGCCACAGGACGUGAAAACUGCGGCGGAGAAGUUGGGUGAACAGAUUGAGAAGGGGGCGAGUGUGGCUGUUUUGGGGAAUAAGGAGGGAAAGAAGUUCCUGAGCCAAAGUGGUGCGGAGUGGAAGGUGGAGGAGUUAGGGAUGAAGGGACAAGAGGAGAUUGAGGAUCCGGUAAUGGAAGGUGAAGGGACGAAGGAUGGGAUGGCUGCUGUUGCGGCUUCGUGAGAGCAAAAGGAGGAUGAAAGAUGAAAUGCAGGUGUACGAUGUUCUGAGUCUCCACUUUAACAAAAUGUGUGAAUAGACUGUAUAUAUACGGAGACGAUGACAACGAUUGAAAAAUUCCUGGAGCCUCGACACAUUAUAGCGUAG